CAAUCCUCGAGUAAUCUUUACAACGCGAUAAAACAUGGAGAAAGUGGAUGAUAUGUCAACUAACGUCUCCUGGGCGAACGCUGAAACAGAUAGCGGCUUCAAUAGCAGUAAGUCUAGCAUCGAUAUCAAAUCUGAUGAAGAAUGUAACACCGAAAUGGAACAAAUCGACGAGAAUAAGGCGCGUCGUGGCCGUAAGAAGGGGGCUAAAGGUACUGAUGGAAAGAAAAAACGAUACACUAAAUCAAGGAGUAGAGCAAAGAGCCCGUCAAAGGUCCUGAAGUUGAAAAAGCAAAGGCGCAUGAAGGCAAACGAUCGGGAACGAAAUCGAAUGCACAGUCUGAACGGUGCUUUGGAUACGCUACGAGAAGUUCUGCCAUGCUUUCCUGAAGAUGCGAAACUGACGAAAAUAGAGACAUUGAGAUUUGCAUAUAACUAUAUUUGGGCACUCUCUGAAACGUUGGAGACCAUCGAGGAGUCUGACAAAUUACGUGCACAGGGUAUCGAGCCAAGUCAGUCACGCAUAAACAUUAAUGCCGCAUUGUCGCAGUUCUGUCAAGAGCAGAAUGUCAAUUUAUCUCAUUUGAACGUGACAUUGGGACCUCACCGUUCAAAUCAGAUUCAAGACUCUAUGUUAAUACCUCAAGGAUCGAUGUCGCCAUCUCUACCUGAACAAUCAAUGUUACAAAACACUCCAGUGAUGCACAACCAACAUACUCCAGUGAACACUCAUUCCUCAUAUGAUAUCAACAAUACACAUGGACAAAUUCAACAACAUCAGCAUACUACAGCUAUUAUGGGCAUGACCCCCGUCCAAGGGCACCACCAUUACGAGCCCCAAUGGGUCCCCCAUCCUUCCACUCCUCAACCCACGUACACCAUGCACGCCAAUAAUCACCCAUGCAGCCCAGCAUUUUCCGAUAACUCGAGCUCAAGCUUCAUUUCAAAUGAAUAUUCGGACAGUCCCGAGGCUGGAUACAAGCCUUACGAAACUUUUGUCAUCUGAGCAUACAGCAUGGGGACGUAUCAGGGAAUGUCUGACGUAAAAUUACGCUAUGUGCGGGUGCAACACCGACACGUGCCUACCCGGCGGGGUCACCAAUCGACGCAUACCCGUAGAUGGAAACAACCGCCUCGGGGGUCGAGACUCGAGAAAGAGAAAACUGUGCAAUAUGCGACAAUGAACACUUCAUGAACACACAUCAGGAAACCAAUUAUGAACACAUUCAGCAACACGAACAUUUCGAACACUUUUUGCAGCAUUUAUACGAACAUUUCUUUGUAUUAGUAACUCUCUCAUUUACAAAUCAGCUGGCUGGCAAGUUAUGACUGUUUUACUAAAUACAUAGCUAACUAUGCAAAAUGUAUACCGCUCUAAAUACAUUUUAUAUUUGACUCUGUUGCAGAUAUGAAUUUGACAUUAUUUCAGUGCUUUCAUAUAUCAAAAUACCCACUUUAAACUGG